GCUUGCUGGUGAAUUUAGCAGUGAAAAGGGCCACACAUUUGUUGAACAACUUCACAAAGUCCAGUGUAUGCUGCAGGAUGUGGGCUCCAACAUCGCAACGCCUCUCUCCUCAGCCAGGGAGGCUCACUUAAAACGAACAUCUUUUAGUGAGAAACCAGUUCUGGAGUUGGAGCAGUGGAUUGACAGUUACUCAGAGCAGCUUCCUCCGCUCAGAGCUUUCAUCUUGCCAUCAGGAGGUAAAAGCAGUGCUGCUCUCCAUUUUUCCCGAGCUGUCUGCCGCAGAGCUGAAAGGUGUGUGGUUCCCUUAGUACAAGCAGGGGAAGCAGAUCCAAAUGUGGCCAAAUAUUUAAACAGACUGAGUGACUAUCUCUUCGUUUUGGCACGUUAUGCUGCAAUGAAGGAAGGGAAGGAAGAGAAAAUAUAUAUAAAGCCUGAACCGUAA